AUGUGGUACCAGACUUUGCUCUUUACUUUUGGCUGUGUCCAAGUAAAAAAAAAAAAAAAAAAAAAAAAUAGAUUGUCAGGAUUUGCCACUAAUAGAAGGAUUUCUCUUCCAGGAUGCAUGGCAUUCAUCGGAGUAAUGGUGUAUUUCUUGACGGGAUCGUCACUUGGUCAGCACUGGGUACAGGUUGACAUCAAGGAGAAGCUCGUAUUCACAGCGUUUUUCAUCGGUGCCAUCUUCUGCUUGGGUCUCUCCUUCACCUUCCAUACAGUCUCGUGUCACUCGGAGUUUGUAGGAAAACUCUUUAGCAAAUUGGACUAUUGUGGGAUUGCCUUGCUGAUUAUGGGAUCCUUUGUACCAUGGUUGUACUAUGGGUUUUACUGUGACUUCCAACCAAAGCUUAUAUACCUUACUGCGGUGGUUCUACUUGGCAUCACCACGAUUGUUGUAUCACUAUGGGAGAAGUUUAGCACACCAACAUUCAGACCAUUGCGAGCAGCUGUGUUCUUGACAUUCGGUUUGUCGGGGAUUAUCCCAGCUGUGCACUACACUCUGAUUGAAGGAUUUGACUAUGCCAUCACACGUGCUUCCUUAGGCUGGCUUAUUCUUAUGGGAGCAUUGUAUGUCUUGGGUGCACUGCUUUAUGCUGUACGCGUUCCCGAAAGAUUCUUCCCAGGCAAAUGUGAUCUAUGGUUCCAGAGUCACCAAAUCUUCCACAUUCUGGUGAUUGCUGCAGCAUUCGUCCAUUAUCAUGGAAUAUCCGAGAUGGCCAUGUACCGCCUUACACACGGGGAUUGUACAGCAGAAAAUCUGGCAGCGAUCGAAGCGCAGGACAUCCUUUAGGAUUUAUGAAAUGUUAGUCAUUUAUGCGAGUGUGAAAGAAUCUUUUUCGUUCUCUGAUGAUUAGAAACUUGUCUUGAUCAUAGUCCUUGUUUUAUAUUUUUUAUUUAUUUUGAUUACAGUUUCUUUAUUUUCCAUUCUUAGUUGCCUUUUCGUGAAUGUAUGUGAACUGUGGCAAAUUUGCAGGCAUCAGGUUGGACUUUUAAGGAGGCCAGUGUUAGUGUUAAAAUAUUUUAGUGUCUGCUAAGAUUAUCACAAACUAGGCAAUCUGCUAAAAUGUGCAAGUUGUAAUUUUUAAAGUGGCAUUUUUUUGUGACAAUCUUUAAGGUAUGUUAGAUACAUGGACUUUCAAGACUUGGACAAAAUCAUGUUUUGGUGUUAAAGUUUUGUGUGUCCUGCAAUCUUAUUUCUUAGAAAAUGUGAUUGAAAGAAAACAAGGAGUUUUUUGCAGGAAAUUAUCAUUAUUACUUUUUGAUGGUGGUGUUACGUUGAUAUUUAGCAUUUAUUUUUUAGAAUGAAGUGUAUGUUUAAUCAAGGAGCCUAUCAAUUUUUUUGUUUAUAUUUUACUGAAAAAAUGGAUAUUUGAAAAAAGUUUUAUUUGUUUCAAGUCCAUACCUUUUUAAAAACAAAGAAAUGGAAAUCUAAUAAAGGAUCAAUCAAAGAAGAAUAUCAGAGAGCAGUUAUGUUAAAUGUGGAAUGAGUUUUGGAAGGUCGUCAGUACCUCCAGUGAGGGAAAGGUUAAUAGCAGGUUUCAAAGCAUGUGGAUUUUUUCUUUUUCUUUCUUUCUUUCUUUCUUCCUUUUUUCUUUUUCCAAGCCAUUUAGAAGAGCUUUCAUUUAUUUGAGAAGGAAAGUUUAAUGGGUUGCCGGAAGAAACAGACGGAGAGUGAAGAGGAUUUCAUCAUUCCAUAAGCCGGAUUUUCCUUUGACUACACAUGCUUGGAAUCAAGGAAGUACAGUGCUCUUUUCAGUGAAAAGCGUUGCCAUUUUGUUUUUUGAACGGAACAGUAAACAGAUAUUUUUUUUAUUCUACUCUAGUUGUCCUGCAGUUGUCUUGAAGUUUGUAAUUUUUUUGAUUAUAAGACUGGUGCAAAAAUUGAGGGGACAUUUUCCAUUUCAAGAUCUGAUAAACAUUUGAUUGUUAGGUUUUACAGUUUCAGCACAAUUAAGUUACUGUGGUUAAGUGACAUAAGUAUAUCCGGAGUACUCGGUACUUCCUAUAUUUGUUCUUUAUUCAUAAAUUAAAGGUACAGGAUUGUUUUCUAAAUAGUCUGACAUACUAUGAAUUUUGUAUUGUUUUAAAUAGCAGUUUUGAUUAGGAAUGUCUUAUUAAUGUAACAGCCAAACCAGAAAUUCACACAUACCCAAACCUGGGGUACCCACACCCAUGCACACCACAUCCACUCUCACCACAAACACAUACAUGCACAUGCACAUACGCUUACACAUACACAUACACAUACAAAGGACUGGCAUGGGAACUAAUAUCUUUUAAGUAGAGCUUGGUAGCCGGUUGAAAUUAAUUACCUAUUUUACCUGUAUGCCCCGUAUGGAAUGAGUUGGAAGAUUUGUCACUUACGAACAUUGCAAACAUGGACAUAGCACACAUUUAGCCUGCUCAGUUAUGUGUGCAUCAUAUCUGCUCUGAUGUGUGCCUGUUGUAUGUGUAUGUGUAUGUGUGCCUGUGCAUGUGCAGGAGUAAGCACAGUCAUGUUUGUGUGCUGUUGCAGGAAGUGGGCAUAGUGAAUUUUACCUGCAUUGUUAUAGAAAGAGCAAGAAGAAAUGCAGUUUUCAGUUGUCACUGAAGAGAGCUGUCUGUUUUCUCUUGUAGCUUUGCAAUAAUGUAUGAUAAUUUUAUGUAAAAUGGUACAAAACUGCUUUGUGUGUAUUAGUAGAUCAAAAUAAGAUCAGAAAUAUGAUGCCAGAGAUGAAUAUGCUAAUUAAUUUCCUUAUGCAUUUAUAACUGACAAUGAAUGGUGAGAAAAUAAGUAUUACCAUUCAUUGAAGACAAGAUAUAAAUUUAUAUAUUUGAGGUGUAUUUUUUAUAGUGUUUGUGAAGCUGUAGGACUUACGUUCUGGUCAUCCUUAUAUGAUACGAUGUUUUGAUGUUGGGUUUUGAAAUUGUUCUAGAUUUAGGAGCUGCUCACAUGUGGCAGAUUACAGCAGCCUUUGAAUUAAUGAACUAAAUGAAUUAUCUCUACAUUACUACCAGUACUAAUUUUAAGUGUUUGAAUUCAGUAGAGACGUCAGUAUUUUUUAAUUGCUCUUUUCAAUCUCGGUGAAUGUGUUAUUCUACCAAUGGAGACCAUAGACUUGCCAAGAAUAUUGCAGAAAUACGAUGAAGACCUUGGAGAAAUAUCGUGAAACCUUUCCAAACAUUUUACAAGUCUCAAGAUGAUGUAGCACAAGGAUUUGGUUGAAAAAGUGCAUCAUUUAUUCAGAGCACACAAUCGAGCAUAUGAUAAAUCUCUAUGUAGAAUGAAUGCGAAUCUGCAUCUGAUUAAAGGGACUUGAAAUAC